AUGAUCUAUGCCUUUGGAGUGGUGGAUCUCACUCAGGACAACCCUCUGACAGUACAAGGACGAACGGACGGUCACGCAUCCUCGGCUAAGGCCGAGCUCAUGGGCUUAUUAGCCACAGUCUUGUCAGCACCAUCAGAACAGGACAUUGUGGUCAAGCUGGACAAUCAGUCAGUGGUGGAUCAGUAUAGUCGCCUGGUGAAGAAUCGUCGGGACACCUUACCGAGGAAGCGAUUCAGGAGUACAUAUGCGGGUAUCUGGGCGGUGCUUUGUCAGGUUGUGGAAUCUCGGCCAGGCGGGGUUGAGGUGGUGUGGAUCAAAGGUCACAGCAACAUCCACGGAAACGAACUUGCGGAUCAGGCGGCGAAGGUGGCAGCACAGAGUGGUUCAGUGCCCUGGAUGGUGGAUCUCACUCAACAGACGGAUAUCACGACCUUUGCACAUUGUUACGGCGGGAUUGUUGAAAUCGAUCUACGUCAGCUCCUCAAACAACAAUCGACAAUCCGUCACCAUCAGGCCUGGACGUCACAGAGGCGGGUCAAGAGGGCGAUCCCUGACAUCGAUGACGUGGAAUGGAACUCGACCUUGGCUUAUGUCCACGACAGGCACGCAGUCUUCACCUUUUACAGCAACAGCAAGGACUCUCACCAACGCACACAUCAUAUCAAAAAGCUGCAUGGAAUGCUGCCCGCUCUGAACUCCAUGCAGGCUCGCAAGCCCAACCUGUACCCAACAUGCGUGUGCCGACGAUGCGAGCUCGAGAAUGAGGAUAACGAUCACGUCUGGAAAUGCCCUUCGGCAGCUGAGACCACCACUGAGAUCUGGAAGGAGGCCAUGGGCAAGAUUAAUGAGUGGGGUGUGCAGGCGACAAACAGCUACAACGCAGCCAGGAAGCGAGAAUACAAACGCGCAGUGGACAGAGGUCGUCAGGUACCGAGGCCAGUACCCAUACACUGGUGGCCCCCUUCGGAUGCGGAUCAUGUGCGAGGAUUUUCCUCCAUCGGUGGAGCUCGAGCCGUACACAGCGGUAGUCCAGCUCCCGAUCGAGACGAGAAACCGAUGUGGAAUGUGUCGGAUCUCCUCCGCGGCAUCACCCCCUUGAGCAUGUUGACUGAAUGGUCCGCGGUCUUCCGGACCCCAAUGUCCAUCGCCAAGACAGUCCUUCACAAGUUUGUUGGCUACCUGGAGGCGCAGGCGUCGGAGCUGAUCUGGAAACCUCGGUGCUCCGCGACGAUCGCGUGGGAACAAAGCCAGGGCAUCUCUGCCAAGGACAAGACAUCCAAGUACACAGGCCCCCGAGGUGACUGGAGUCAAGGAUACGGUUACAUUACGCACGAUGGUUUCUGUCCGUGUGGCGCUUCGCUAGCCACACAUGAUGAAGGAAGGUGCCCUGGAGCGACCAAGGACCCACGCGCUGCUGACGAGCGGUUGUUGGAGAGUUUGUUAGGAAGGAUGAGGUUGUCAAUGAUGGAGAGGAUGGGAAGAAUCCCCUUCAUUCGUAUCUAG